AUGGUGACUAUUGACUUAAAAGGCCUCUGGGAUAAGAAAUAUUGCGUUGAAUGUCUCUUUUCUAAGCUGGCUUUAAUAGCUGUGAAUGAAGUGAAGAAUCACAUAUUUAAUCAAAAUAAUGACACUAAGCCUGUGGAUGUGGAAUAUAGUCGCUUUCUUGUAAUAUCAUUGGGCACUGGGACAUCCAAGAAGGAAGAAAAGUAUGAUUCAGAUAUGGUAGCAAAAUGGGGUUUGUUAGACUGGUUAAGCCAUGGCACUUCCACUCCCAUAGUUGAUUUUUAUACUCAAUCAUCCGGAGAUAUGGUUGAUCUCCAUCUUGCUACUAUCGCUCAAGCAUUUAAUUCAGGACAUAAUUACUUACGGAUACAGGAUGAUACAUUGACUGGUAUAAAUUCUUCUUUUGAUAUUUCCACAAAAGAGAACUUAGAAAAUCUUUGUCAAAUUGGUGAAAGAUUGUUAGAAAAACCAGUAUCUAAGGUCAAUUUAAAGACCAAUGUGUUUGAGCCAAUUGAAAACGGAGAAACAAAUGAAGAGGCUCUCAAAAGGUUUGCUAAAAUACUUUCCCAUGAGAGAAGGGUCAGAGAGCUGAAAUCCCUUCACAGUAACAAAGCUUUAAAAUAG